GUGGCCAUCGAGAACAGAAUGUUCGCCUCAUCAUGCGACCUAAAUCUCAAGAAAGGUACGGUCACGUUCAAUACAAAUCGCAGAUUGAUACUUCCGAAUACGACCACAAGGAUUAAGAAGUGGCAGUGACAAAUUCAGGAGACCGAAGCACUGACUAGCGUGUCGACCAGGAUGCCAUAAUAUAAAUAUCAUCUCGCUCGGUUGAAGGUGCCCCAACUUGAACAAACCUCUUUCUUGUUCAAACUUCAAAGACAUGUCUUUUCGUCGUUGGUUCCUGGCAGCGCUGGCUGUCUCUUCCGCCAGUUUGCCUGCUGUCCAUGCUGGAAACGUUCAAAAGCCAGGCCUGACCUUGCCUGCAAAUGCAUCAAUCCAACAGGAUGCUGUCAAGCAGAUUUUUAACACCAGUUAUACCGCCUACAAACAAUAUGCUUGGGGCCACGAUGACCUGGCGCCUGUGGACGAAACGUAUGUCGACGGACUGGGCGGAUGGGGUGCUUCUAUUGCAGAUGCAUUGGGUACAAUGGAUUGGUUCGAGGAAGCCAUAGAUUACGUUGGUACAAUCAACUUCAACCAGUCCAAGACACCGGACACCGUUAGCGUCUUUGAGACUACUAUUCGAUACGUGGGAGGGUUCAUAAGUGCAUAUGAACUGAGUGGCCAGAAGUACCCUAUUCUCGUGCAGAAGGCACAAGAAGUUGCUGACAAGAUGGUAUACGGUUUCGUUGGGUCAAACGUUGCUCAAGCCGGAUCACUCACCCUCGAAUGGGGACUGCUGAGUCAAUACACAAAAAAUGACACUUAUAGCACUUUGGCCACAAACUCCGUUUUGCAUAUGAUCGGUUUGGCUGAUCCAAUUGCUGGUAUUCCCGCCCAAGGUAUUGAUCCUGCUACUGGCGAGUCUGUAGGGUCCUAUGUCACGUGGGGUGGAGGAACCGACAGUUAUCUUGAGUAUUUGAUUAAAUAUGCACGCCUUACGAAUACCAACGAUACGACUUACGCCGACGCCUGGGCCACUGCUGUGGACUCCUCAAUCCAGAAGUUGCUUAGAAACUCCACAGUUGAUGAUUGGCUAUACCUUGCUGAUUUCGAUGGUACUAACAUUCUCCACGUUGGCUCCCAUUUGGCCUGCUUCUACGGUGGUAACUGGAUCCUUGGUGGGGCGUUACUGAACAACCAGACUAUUAUUGAUUAUGGUCUCCAGUUGACUGAUGCAUGCAUGAACACCUACGCGAGCACUGCGACUCAAAUUGGUCCAGAGACAUUUGCCUACAUGUCCAGCGAUGGUAAUGCUACAGGAACCACUCCCCCUGAUGCCGCACAACUCGCCUUUUACAACGAACAUGGUUUCUAUAUCACCACCGCCGAUUACAUCUUGCGCCCCGAGGUCCUUGAGUCAAACUUCUACGCGUGGCGUGUGAGUGGUGAUCAGAAGUAUCUCGACAAUGCCGCAAAAGCUAUCCAAAGCUUCGAGAAAUACCUCCCAACUACUGUCGCAUACACUGGAAUCAAUGAUGUUAACCAGGUUAACUCGACUAAAACCAAUGACAUGGAGAGUUUCUGGUUUGCAGAAGUCUUGAAAUACUUGUAUCUGACGUUCGAUGACCCCAACAACAUCAGUCUCGAUGAUUGGGUCUUCAACACUGAAUGCCAUCCCUUCAAGGCACCCACCGCUCUCCCCGUUUAUGGUUCCGGCAACUUGAUCCAGAACUCUCAGCCUUUCGCUUCACAAAGUGGCUCCCUCCCUCAAGUCAGCCCAACCCAUUCGUGAAGCUCCCGCCGAACUGAGGAAUAACUCGCGAUUAUAAGCGUUAACUUCUUUCCUGGUGUUGUCUGGGAGAGAUCGGAUCACAUUUACCAUACUUCAUUUUUUCAUACGCAUUCAAUAAACCACUGUCAUGAUACAAAUU